AUGGAGGGGGAGGAGUACGCGGGACGAAGCGCGUCGAGGCGGGACUUCGCGCGGGACGAACCGGAGGCGGCGCGCGAGACGGAUGAGGACGAGAGCGACGACGACGACGGGGACGACGGGGACGACGACGAGGAAAGUGCGGAGGAGGAUGGGGACGCGAGCGAUGAGGAUCCGUACGCGGAUGAGGACGACGACGCGUACGAAGGGUACGACGAAGACGCCGCGGCGACGGGAUCCGGACGAAGGAACGGCGGCGACGAGGACGACGAGGACGAGGACGACGAGGAUCAGAGCGAUGAGUUCGACGCGCAGGGCGCGCGGGCGAGAGAUUUGUUGGGCGCCGCCACGGAAGGCGACGCAGAUCUCGCUCGAGAGCUUCAAGCGUUUCGCGAGGAGGAGGAACAAACGAAGAAGCUCGUCGACACCAAGGCGCAGCACGUCUCGAAAGGUAAGGCGGUUCGCGCGCAACGAACGGUUUGGGAGCGUGCGCUACACGCGAGAAUUCGUUUGCAGAAAGUCAUGACCGGAGCCGCCAAGUUACCGACGGCGUUGGCGUGCCGAGGACUGAAACGCGCGUCGCCCGAGACGCGCGAAUCGUUCGAGACGUUAUCCAAAGUCGCACGGAAGACCAUGCGAACGCUCUCUGCGCUUCAAACUGCGUUGAUGGCGAACAUAGCCGACAUAGCCUCGACCUCAAAUCUCGGCGCGGACGCUACGGUGAUUGGUGUGGACGACGACUUGGACGACGCGUGGACGAAGCACGACGCCGGAUACAGAGCGUUCGCAAACUACCGCGACUCGACGUGCGAUCGAUGGUACAGAAAAUCCGCCGUCUCCGUGGGUAAAGCGGUCGGCGGAGGCGCGGGCGGCGGUCUGAAGGCGUUCAACCAGUCCAUCUCUCAGCAAGUAUCGUCCACCAUGCGCGCGCCCGCGCGUUUGAUUGAAAAGUCGCAGCCGCCGAAGCGCAGCGCGCCGAUUCGCGUCGGUGAGCGACGCGCCGCCGUGCGGAGCGAAGAAGCCGACGAUGACGACGAGAACAAAGCCGAAACCGUCAACGUCGAUGGCUUGGACGAAGGUGAGGCUCGCGAGUCGGAGCUUUACGACGACGUCGACUUUUACGAGCAACUCCUCAAAGAGUUCCUCGAGAGCGGCAACGACGCCGGCGUCGCCGGUGGACCUUCCGUCGUCUCCAAACAAAUCAAACGUCGCAAAAACGUCGAUCGCAAGGCGAGCAAGGGUCGAAAGAUUCGUUAUCACGUCCAGGAACCGCUCGUGAACUUUACGCAGGCAAACGACGUGGAAAUUCCGGCGUGGGCAGAGCGCGUGUUUUCGCAACUCUUCGCCUCCAGCGCGUGA